AUGCAGAGGGGAUAGAAGAAAAAGAUAAAAGACUUUUGUAAAAGAGAUUAGACAAGCGGAAAUUGGAGGAUUAACUAUUUCUUAGGCGAGCAAAUUCAUUAUCAAAUGAAAAGUGAAACAUACAAAUCAGAAGAUGAUCGAUCUCAAAUUAGUAAGAGGCUCCGCAUAUUUCACAGAUGCAGCUGGAUCGUCAACAUUUGGAAAAUUACUGAUUUAGAAGUUAAAAACACUUGUGGAAUAGAUGCAGCUCUCUACCUGAUUUACUUGAAGUAUAUUGCACUUUGCAGUAACAUAUUCCUGCUACCACUAUUUAUUACUUCUGAAUAAAAACACAUACAUGUUAGAUCAACUCUUGAGAAAAUGACACUUAUUAAUGCAUAAGAUAGAAAUGAAAUGAUUUGGAUGGUAUUUUUCUUUACGAUACUCUAUAGCAUACUUGUACACAUCUUUAUAAGUGCUUUUGAUAACCUCAGGAAAAAUUUGUGCACAGAACCCCCAAAGGAUGAUAAUUAAUUAACUGAAUAAGAAGUAUCAAUGCGCACACUACUGAUAAGAGGCAUCAAUAAAAAUAUAAGUUAAAGAGAAGCAAAGUAUAAGAUUGAGCAAAUAUUCAAACAGAUUCUUGAUGAUGAUUUAAUAAAUGUUCAUGUUGUGGCAGAAAUGACAAAUAUCAUUCAGAUAUUAAAAGAACUUGAAAGAACAGAGAUGAAGAAAGAUUACUAUGAUACUCUCUAUAGGGAAGAUGAUGUAAUUGAUUGGAAAUUUGAGUUUGCUCCUUGCCCCUCAGAUAUUUUUUGGGAUAAGUUCAACAAAAAGUCUUCCUUGAGAAUUUUCAAAAUAAUAAUGAUCAAUCUAAUGAUAUUCUUGUUCACAGUUGUACUUAUUUCACCUAUUUCUAUUCUAAACUCUCUAGAGCCUUACAUAUAUUCUAUGCAAAAUGAAUAAAAUGUCAAUAGUUUCAUAGGUACUCUCAUAGCUCUGUCAAUUUCACCGAUAAUACUUUUUAUUUUCAACCAAGUAUUCAUUCCUAAUUUGGUAGAUUUGUCUACUUACUAUGAGGAAAUAGAGAAUAAGUCCUAACGACAUAGAAGUAAUCUUUUUAAGUAGCUGGUAUUUUUACUACUAAACACAGUAUUCAUGCCAAUCACCCAAACAACAACAAUUGAAAGUUUCCUGGUUCAUGUAAUAAAAGAAGACAUAUCUGAUAUUCAGCUAGAAUUAUCAUCGAAAUUUCUUAAGACUUCAGAGUUUUUCUUGAGAUAUAUUAUUUAGUGCACUUUUAUGAACAACAUCUUCUAACUUCUUGAUGCUCCUCAUCAGCUAUACCUGUUAUUUGUUAGAUGUUGUAAGAAGAAUAGACCUUAUCUUAAAUAAAAUGGCAGGCUUGAGGAUAAUUGGUAUUUCGAUAUCAGUUAUCAUUUUGCUUUCAGUAUUACAGUGUUCAUUAUUAUAAUGAUAUUCUCAGCUUCAGUUCCAUUGAUUCCAUUGUUUGGCUUUUUCUAUUUCUCAAUCAGAUACUUCGUUGAUAAAUAUAACUUCAUGUUUGUGUACCAAACAGAAUUUUAAUCAACAGGAGUUUUAGGAAAAGGAAUUAUCAGAUAUACUGCUCUUGCUCUGAUAAUAUUUCAAAUUACUAUGUGCGGAUUAUUCACAUCAAUUUUUGGAUAAGAUUUCUUGAUAUCCUCAGCAAUACUUAUUAUAGGGGAAAUCUUAUUUAUGAUAACUUAUAAGCUUUUGAAAAUCAAUGAGUUAAAGGAUGCCUAUUCAGAGGUUAUUUAUGGAUCUGACUCAAUGGACAUAAAUUCAGAGUUAAUAGAUGAUUUUAUUACUAAGAUAAAGAAACCCCAUGAAGAAAGGGCUAUAACAAGUUUGAUUCAUAAAUAAAUUAUAAAAGAUGCUUAUCUUCACCCUUAUGAGGUUAAUUAGAGAAGGGACAAUAUAAUGAAAUCUUUAAAUGUAUCCCUUAAAAAUGACAUUCAAAGAAGACUUACUUAGAGCAUCGAUCGUAAUUAAUCACUACCUAGGAAAUUAACUUUCAAAAGAAAUUUGGAUUAAUGA